GGUAAGGUACCAAAAAAGCAAAGUGACCCAAUCCUCUAUAUAAUCCGGUUGUCAUUUUCCCUCCUUAUCCCCCCUCUUCUCUCAACGCCACCAACAAAAUUAUCCACCCACCCACUUUGUCAGUCAGUAAUUCCGUCAGUCACAAAAUCACAAAUAAACCCUAAUUUCAAGUCUCAUUUCCUCCAAUUUAAAUCAACUCUGACUUAAAAUGGACGUCUGUUUUAUACAUCAAACCAAUUGCAUAUUCGAUUUUAAUCCAAUUCAUUAUAAUAAUAACAAUAAUAAUCAUCGCUCUGUUACAGUUCUUCCUAGACUUUCAUUUUCGAGUCACAAACACAACAAUGCUCUUCGCUCUUCGUAUCGAAACCGAAACGUUUUUUUCGCCUCUUCGAGUUCCGAUAUAAUGGUAUCUGCUAUUAAUAAACAUAAGGAAUUUACAAAAGAAGAAGCAGAAGAAGAUUUGAAAUCAUGGAUGCAUAAAAACGGUUUGCCUCCGUGUAAAGUUGUUUUGAAAGAUCGUCCUGCUUACGAUUCACGCCAUCCUUCCACUCAUUAUGUUGCCGCCAGUGAAGACUUGCAGGCAGGUGAUAUUGCGUUUUCUGUGCCGAAUUCGUUGGUUGUUACACUAGAGAGAGUUUUAGGGAACGAAACUAUCGCGGAACUGCUAACCACGAACAAACUAUCGGAGUUAGCUUGUCUUGCAUUGUAUCUAAUGUAUGAGAAAAAACAAGGGAAAGAAUCUGUGUGGUACCCGUAUAUUAAGGAGCUUGAUCGUCAGCGUGGUAGGGGACAGUUAUCUGUGGAAUCCCCUCUAUUGUGGUCCGAAUCAGAAUUGGAUUAUCUGACAGGCAGUCCCGUUAAGGCUGAAGUUGUUGAAAGAGCAGAAGGCAUCAGAAAAGAGUAUAGCGAGCUUGACACUGUCUGGUUUAUGGCUGGAUCUCUAUUUCAGCAAUAUCCAUUUGAUAUUCCUACAGAGGCGUUUUCAUAUGAGAUCUUUAAACAAGCUUUUGUCGCAGUCCAGUCGUGUGUUGUGCAUUUGCAGAAUGUCAGUUUGGCACGGAGGUUUGCAUUGGUCCCUCUUGGACCUCCUCUUCUGACCUAUAGGAGCAACUGCAGAGCGAUGUUAACAGCUGUAGAUGGAGCUGUUCAAUUGGUUGUUGAUCGCCCAUACAUAGCCGGGCAAUCUAUAGUCGUAUGGUGUGGUCCACAACCAAAUUCGAAGUUGCUUAUAAAUUAUGGUUUUGUUGAUGAAGAUAACUCUUUUGACCGUCUGGUGGUUGAGGCAGCAUUAAAUACAGAGGAUCCUCAAUAUCAAGACAAGAGAUUAGUUGCUCAACGAAAUGGAAAGUUAACCAUACAACCAUUCCAGGUGAAAGUAGGGAAGGAAAGAGAAGCCGUUCUAGAUAUGCUUCCGUACAUGAGGUUAGGUUAUGUUUCAGAUCCUUUAGAGAUGGAAUCUGUUCUUUCUUCUCAGGGUCCAGUUUGUCCGGUAAGUCCUUGUAUGGAACAUGCAGUUUUGGAUCAAAUAGCUACGUAUUUCAGGGAAAGACUGGCCGGAUACCCCACUACUCUAAGCGAAGAUGAAGCCUUGCUAGGUGAAUGUGAUAUCGACCCCAAGAAACGAGUCGCCACACAGCUUAUCAGGUGUGAGAAGAGAAUACUAAGCAAAUGCUUGGAGGCAACUGUUGAUCUGAUUAACCAAUUACCAGAUCUCACUAUAUCUCCAUGCCCAGCUCCAUAUGCGCCUUUACUAAGAUAAAAUUGGAUCUAGGAUGUUGAGUUCUACGAUCUCCAUAUAUUUUUGGGAACCUAGCGAGUUACAAGGAACCAUACAGUACCAGCUGCCUAGGCCAGUUAAGUUGUUUGCUGAUGUUUGUAUGUUGUAGCAGGAGGUGAUCUUGUUUUUCCAUUUCAUUGUGCCACUCUUGAUCUUAAGAUUAGCAUGGAAAAACUUUGAUUUCAGGUCGUCCUCCUGCUUUAAAGCUAUCUGCUGAUACCAAGUACACAAUAUUGCUAUUUGAUUUAUUCUAUAAAUGAGAAACUACUCUUGUACAGUUUUUCUAACCAAAA